UGCAUCCUGCACAGCUUCCUCUACGGCCGCUGGAGGAACGUCCUGGGCGAGCAGCUCUUCGAGGAGAAGAGCAGCCCCAAAACCGCCUUCACGGCCGAGGUCCUGGCGCAGUCCUUCUCCGGAGAGGUGCAGAAAUUGUCCAGCCUGGUGCUGCCGUCGGAAGUGAUCAUUGCGCAAAGCUCCAUCCCCGGGGAAGGGCUGGGCAUCUUCUCCAAGACCUGGAUCAAGGCUGGCACCGAGAUGGGACCUUUCACGGGCCGGGUCAUCUCGCCGGAGCACGUGGACCUGUGCAAGAACAACAACCUCAUGUGGGAGGUCUUCAACGAGGACGGCACCGUGCGCUACUUCAUCGACGCCAGCCAGGAGGACCACCGCAGCUGGAUGACCUACAUCAAGUGCGCCCGCAACGAGCAGGAGCAGAACCUCGAGGUGGUGCAGAUCGGGAACAGCAUCUUCUACAAGGCCAUCGAGAUGAUCCCUCCAGACCAGGAGCUGCUCGUGUGGUACGGGAACUCCCACAACACCUUCCUGGGCAUCCCGGGGGUGCCCGGGCUGGAGGAGGAGCAGAAGAAGAACAAGCACGAGGAUUUCCACGCGGUGGAGGCGGGCGCCAGCAGCACGGGCCAGAACGUCGGUCCCCGGGCCAGCUCCGUCCCCAAGGACAACUGUAGGCGCCCUCUGGAGUCCUGCCGCCAGCCGGAGGAGGGCUGUGUAUCAUAA